UUUUCUUGCAUUUUCUCUCCGAUGUUUCGCGUUUUAAACGUCUGAUCGCGCCCUCUCUCCCCGCUCCAGCGAGGUGAGGUCGCCGCCAGGUCGCCGGUCACCGUCUCCACCCUGAAAACGCGGAAAUGGCGGACAGAAGGCCUAAUCCUACCCCCGCGCCCAAAUACUUGGGGCUCGUUGCGCAGGUGAAGAAGAGGAAGGACAGCUUCAUCCAGCUCUUCCUUAUGACCGGCGUGCUGCUGCUGAGCAUGAGGUCGGUGGGCCAGAAGUACAGGAUCAAGGACCUCCAGGACGACACCACCGCCCUCAAGGAGGAGAACGGCGCCCUUGCCUCGAGGAUGGAGUCGAUCAAGCAGCGGCUUCUCCAGGAGGCCGCCCUCGAGCCCACCGGAUUCUUCGCCUCCAAGCUGAGCGUCAUUUUCAACGAAUCCGCACCUUCUCCUUCCUCUUCCUCUGAUUCUUAGGUGAGCACAUUUCUACUGUGGGAAGUGGAGAAGUUUGGAAAGGCAGACAGUUUCCAUUGCUUCCAAUAGCUUUUCAACUUUCAGGACUGCCCAACAUAGCGAAUGAAAUAAAUGAUAUGGCAUUAUCAACCUCUCGACAAUGGGUGCCAUCCUGGUAAUGAUGAUGUAGAGUUUGAGACCUAACUAGUGUAGGUGAAGAAAUCCUUUUUGAAGAGAUCACUAGUUUCGCUGAGGUCAAAUUUUUUCUGAUUAAUUACCUCUGCCUAGUUUCAUUUUGUGCAAAUGUACAUUACUUCCAAAUGCUUUAAUUGGAAAACAGCAAUGUCGUGUCACUUGUCCUUUUAUGCAUGUGCUGGUGUAGGCACAUAUCAUUGAGGUAAAUUGCAUAAGUUGCCACUUGCCAUUCUCUUCUCGUCACAAAGGUAAUCCGUUUUCUGUGUAUUCACCGUUGGUGGCAUUGUUUGUACUGGUAUCAUGUGAUUAGAUGCCUUACAUUGGUCUGUUUUGUGAA